AUGGCACCUAGUCGCUCAGGUGGACGUCCGAGCCGCACUCGACCUGUCCGAUCCACACGCACCAAGGUCGAGACCUACCACGAAGACACCUCUGCUGAUGAUGACUUGGAUGUGGAGGAGACAAUAAAUGAUAAUGCAUCAAGGCGAUCUUCCGUUUCUCUCCGCCCACGCACUUCAUCCGGAAUACGUCGGUCUUAUCGUGAGGACUCGUCUGAUGUCAACUUCGAAGACUCAUCUGAUGACAACGGUGCAACUGCGCCGGAUUCACAUCCGCCUAUCCAAACACCGGAAAAUGUUCCUGCUUCAUCUCAACCCGCUCCAGCGCCUACCACCUCAUCCUCCCACCACACCAGCCACACCCGCCCCCGUGACACCAAUCGACCUUCUCGUCCUUCUCAGACAAAAAGCACCAAGAGAACGAAUGAGCAAGCCCCGAAAAAAGCUUUGGGUCAGCCCCUAAAGAAGCGCGCUCGGAUCGAUGAGAGCGAGAAGAUAUUCAUACGUUCGGGGGUCAUCCCGCCGUGGGCAACCCUUCCAUAUCAUAUCCUUUUCGACAUCUUCCGGCGAGCAUCCUAUCCUCUUUUUUACGGAAAGCUGGUGCAACGGUCGAAGUCAACUCAGUGGCUUCUUGACGUGGGCCUUUUGUGUCGGCAAUUCCUAGAACCGGCGCUUGCGGCUCUUUAUUACUCCCCGCCACUGGUUCCAGUAUCCAAGAGCUUCGACCUCCUAGACCUGCUGUCAAAGCCGCAAGAGUCGCUACCGAUCAACUAUGCCCCAAAGGUCAAAGAGCUUCAUGUGGACGUUCAAAAUGUCCUGGUUUACAAGUCUGGACCGCAGCUUGGCUGGUUUGAUCUUUGCAAGCUCAUUGCGACGGCUCCACAGGUGCACACGAUUCGGUUGUUCCAUAAACACGACUUCACCGUCGGCAUACCUGCCCGCACCAUCAACGCCUCCAAGUGGGUUUAUCCCGAGUGCUUGUUCUCCGCUAUUGAUGAAAGAGGCAUUGUUCUGCGCAGCUGGGACUGGAAUGGUCGAUUCAUGCUGGACACUCCUGCCCUUCUCCCAUUCAUGCUGGAGAAACAUCAACGAGCGGCUUUCCAGCGUUUGAAGCAUCUUCGACUAUACCAUGUGAAUGAUCUUAUCAAAGAGGACACUCCUACACUCGAGUUUGCGCUUGCCGUGUCCAUACGAGAACUCCCUCUACUCGAGCGUUUGGAGUUCUUCGAAUGCUCCCUGAUUGCUGAGCACAGCCUAGCACGUUUGCCAUCCACGCUUCGCUCUCUUACCCUGAUUAAUUGCAAUCGUGUUUUUCCUGGCUGGUUCACGUCUUAUCUGGAAUGCUCUGGGCGAGAGCUCCGAGAGUUGAUUCUCUGUCAUAACCGCCACCUCGACAUGGGAUUCAUCACUCAUCUUGGUGAAUAUUGCCCGAAGUUGGAGCGGUUCAAGAUGGAUGUUUCUAUGCACGACUUGUCAAGCUACCAUGAUAUGGAACUGCAUUGCGACCACCUUCUGACCGAGUCCCAAAUUCCAACGUGGCCGGAAACACUUCGGGAAAUCGAGCUGAUCCAGCUUAAGAAGCUGAGCCGGACAACAAUGGAGUCAUUUUUUAUGUCUCUGGUCAACGCUGCGCCCAAGCUGCCACACUUGCGACGCUUGAUCAUCAAGGUAAUCCUCAACCUUGGCUGGCGCGAUCGUGCUACCUUCCGUGAGCGAUGGAUCCAUCGGCUAGAGACAACAUUCUUGCGCCGUAGUGCACCGCCCGACCCUAAUCUCCGGUCCCUGCGCAAACGCACUCUUCACCCUGUCCAACCGCUCGCUGGCGGAGAACCGGCCCGUCCCAGCUCUGCUGGGAGUGAGCCCCCGACUCCAUCCAAGCGCCAGAGUGUCCGGCUUGCACAGCUCAAGGACUCACCAUCGCGAUCCCCGUCCCCAUCGUCGCAUGGAGAAAUCCGCCAGGGAAUGUGCAACGUGGUCAAAAUCCGCAUUGACAAUCAGCGCCCCACGGAAACCCAGUUCAACGAGGCUGACUUUCUCGAUGAUGAGCGCAGUGGUGAUGAGGACUGGGCGGGCGCUGACUGGGAACCCCCGGAUCGGCAUGCCUGGUAA